CAUCAGCACUAUUUGAGGGUUUGAUUGGUCAACAGCACCAGAGCACCCAAGGAAAAUCUUUGCAUCUCCAUGUGGCAUCAAGCAAUCAUGAGGUCUCUGGUAUUUGCUCUGCUCCUUGGAGUUGUGUCUGCUGAUAGCAACAGGCUGCAGUGCCUGGAAAUCCCCAUCCUGUCUGAUGAGGACUGUGACAACUCCUACCCCGGCAUGAUCACUGAGGCCAUGUUCUGUGCUGGAUACAUCGAGGGAGGCAAAGACUCCUGCCAGGGUGACUCUGGUGGUCCUGUUGUGUGUGAUGGUGAGCUGCAGGGUGUUGUGUCCUGGGGCUUUGGGUGUGCAGAGAAGAACCACCCCGGUGUCUAUGCCAAGACCUGCAUUUUUACAGACUGGCUGCAGAGCACCAUGGCCUCUUACUGAAUCCAGUCCAAUCACACUCAGCUACAGCGGUUUCUAUACUGCAAAAUCCUGUGUCAAUGAAACUUUGGACAUUCAAAUAAAAUAGGUCUAACACCUGCAUUUUAACUAUGCUUUUAGUUUGUAUCUUUCUCUGUCUUUCUGAUCUGUCUGGCAAAUCCACACGGGUA